AUGCCCUCCUCAGUUCAACUAGCCAUGCAGGCUCGUGGACGACCGGCCUCGUCUUUGGUUGCCAUGCGACAAAGUGCCUCACCUAAUCGACUGCCUGUUUCAGGAACCACACGAGCUGGGACUUUGUUUGAAUUCAAGAUGACAGCAUUCAAAUCCCAUCAUGUCAGCAUAGCCGAUCAACACAGAGGAGUUCGGCCCACUUCAGCCUGCCAACAAACUGGUCCAAUUUCAGUCAGAAUUGACCUAGCAAAUUUGACCCUUCAGGAGUUCAAAGACACAGUUGCUGACUUGGCCGAAGGAUUUCUUAUGGGCUGUGAAGUUUUGUUCAAAGAGGCUGAUAUUAAGGGUACCAUUGAUUACUUCGGCUGGGUUUCUAAUAACUCAAGCUUUCCCAAGGGUCGUCAACAAAACAUUGGCAAAGAUGUUGACUUUGAGCGCUUCAAAGUGGUCGUUUCUGAAAACUAG